AUGAUGAUAAUGCUGGAGAUUGGGCCCAAUCCAUUGCAGAGUCUACUCGCUGGGGCGUGUCUCGCUGCGUAUUUUCUAUAUCCAGACGAGUCGCGUUCGGCGCCGACGUCUCAAGAUGCCCCGCUCUCCCCCACCCAUUUCACGCCGGCCACACUGCUGUCCAGCGAGACGUGCAAUCAUGAUACGAAGCUCAUGAAACUGAACAUACCCAAGCACUUAAUUCCAGUGGAUGGCUCGCUUCAUGGAUGCCGUCCAAUCUGGUCGAUAUUUGUCAAGGACGACGACAUUCAGGUGGAACGGCCCUACACGCCCCUUGAAGGUAUUGACGCGGAGGGAAACAUGCUACUGUGGGUGAAGGCAUAUCCAAAAGGUGAAGUUGGACGGUGGCUUCACUCCAAAAAGCCCAAGGAGCAAAUUGAAAUACGGGGGCCUUUGCAAACUUGGCUAUGGAAUGAGAAUGAAUGGGAUGAAGUCGUGAUGAUUUCUGGAGGGACAGGGAUCACACCCUUCUAUCAGCUCUUCCACUCCGUCAUUCGUCCAGCUGGACCAACGUCGAAGACGCGUUUCACGCUGUUGCAUUCAUCCAAGACGCCAUCGGACUUCCCCCCUCCGGUGAUGAUGCGCCAGUUGACGGAUUACGCGGAACAACACAGCGACCGUUUCCGACUCGGUCUGUUCGUCGACUCGGAUGAUGGAAGUGCCGCUAUAACCAGUCGAAACACAUUUAGCGAAGGUCGCAUCAACUUGGAAUCAGUUCGCAAGUAUACGGAACCUGAGUCACCUCAAAAUUGGUGGAAACGUGCAUUCGGCCCAUUCAGUUCGCCAAAGCCAGCGAUUUCUCCUCAGCGUCGAAUCCUCUUCCUCGUGUGUGGACCUGAACCCAUGAUCUCCGCAAUUGCUGGACCUUACGGUCGAAACUUCUCCCAAGGGCCAGUUGGAGGGAUUCUAGCUGAACUUGGUUGCACUUCGGCGCAAGUCAGGAAGCUGUAA